AUGCUCCUGGCCCUACUUCUCGCCGUCGUUUCUGCCGUUUUUGUCAACGCGGGAUCCGUUGGAGGUUCGUUUUUUUUCAGUGGCUUCUAUAGGGUUUCCGAGCAUUAAGUGAUCCCUUAAGUAGUUGAAAAAUAAUGAAAAUGCGCCUAACAGGGGAGGUCAUUUUACUUUGCGUUUGAGAAAUUUCCUGAAAAUUGGCCAGAACACUUCUUGUUGUACCAGAAGAAGAUUCUGGAAGUCUCAACCUGCACGACUUCCUUUCUUUCGGAAAAAAGACGCCUCAGAGGCAAAGAAAACCUCGAAAUCCAUAAAAAUCGGCUAUUUUGAGACUUUAAGCCCUUAUUUCUCGAAAACUAGGAGCUUGGGCAGGUUGGGACUUUCAGAAUUUUUUUCUGGUACAUCAAGGAUCGUUCUGGCCACAUUUCAGGACCGCAAAGUGAGUCAAAUUAGGCCUGAUCCCUCAAGUGGUCACUCAAAAGGCUAUUUUCUUCCACAUUUAUCAAAUUAUUGAUUUUUCAAAGUCUCUACAUGACAAUCUCGGCCCUGUGUCAAUGUAAACUCAGAAGUGGCCAAUAAAAAAAUUUGAAGCUUCUAAUAAAAAAACAGAAAAAUUUUGUUUUUUUCCUAGGAAGUUGAGGCUUCGUGAUUUUUUUAAAUGUUAAAAAUUUCUAAAAUUUCUAAUUUCUCAAAAAAAUUUUUUUUAAGCAACUUGAACCUAUGCCAAAAAAACGUUCACUAUUCUCGAUUAAAAAAAUUUUUUUCAGGCACUUUUUUUUAUUAAAAAAAUAUUGAAAAAUACUUGGUUCUGAUAAAAAAAUAACGAUUUAAAAAAAUAAAUUAAAAAAAUGUCUUUUUUUGAAAUUCACUAAAAAGUUAUUGCGUUCAACUGUUUUUUUCAAAACCCCAAAAAAAUUAUUUUUUUGGUCAACUUGGAGCUCAAAUUUCUCGUUCUAAACGCGCUCUGAUGAUAAUUACGGUCUACGGUAGAAAAAUGAGGAUAUUUAAAAAAAGAAAAAUUUUAAAGUUUUUCGAAAAUGAAAGUUGUGUGUAAAUGCUAUCAUAUGAUACGAUAACACACGUGAUAGUAGUAAUCAGAAAUCGAGUUGCAGAAUGUCGGACGGAAUGUGUUGAGAGAAACGUUGCCAAGAUCGUCCGUGUCCAUCUCAAGGUCAGUUUGCAAAUAAAUACUAUCUCCACUUUUCAAAAAUUCGGAAUAUAAGGGACCGUCCUUCUUAGAUUACCUCAAUAUUUACGAAAUCGCAAAAGUGCUGCGUUUUCAAACUCGCACUUUAGAUAACGCGACAUCGCAUUUAUCUCACUUCAAUUUUAAGCUUUUCCAAGUAACAGCUUGAAGCUUUUAUGAGGAGCCUAACUGCCUACUCCGAGAAAAAUAAUGUGAUACAUUGACGAUAUCGCAAAAAUCCUACGUUUUACCUACGGGUGACUCGCACUUUAGCCGGCGCGACAUCGCAUUUAUCUCACUUUGCAACUUUCGAACUUUAGCUCUUCCAAGUAUUAGCUUCAAAUUUUAUGAGGAGCCUAACUGCCUACUCCGAGAGAAAGAAUGCGGUACAUUUAAGAUAUCGCAAAAAUGCCGCGUUUUACCCGCGCCAGACUCGCAUUUUCAUUAACACGACAUCGCAUUUAUUUCACUUCAAAUUUAAGUUUUUCCAAGUAUUAUCUUCAAGCUUCCAUAAGGAAUCUUCAUCUAUGCCUUCAAGCAAAUUUUCAAAAAAUCUCAAAUUUCUCAUUAAAACGAUAUUCUUGUAACAGCCCUUCCCUCACUUGGAGAAAAAAGAGAGCGCAGAAAAUUGGACAAUUGGAAAGCUAUCUAAAAAUAACUGCUUACUCCGAGAGAAAGAAUGCGGUACAUUGACGAUAUCGCAAAAGUACUGCGUUUUACCUACGGGUGACUCGCACUUUCGCUAACGCGAUAUCGCAUUUAUCUCGCUUUAAUAAAAUGCGCGUUGGCGCUCUAAUAGCGGCUAGAAGAAUGCAAUAGCGGCGCGGUUACGAAGCAGUACUUUCGCGAUACCCUCUGCGACAUCGCAGUUAUUCGUACUGUUUGGGCCCAUUAUGUGAUAUUUUGAGCGCCGAAUAGUUUGAAACGAAAAAACCAACUUUUGACACCUUCAGGAAGGCCUGGUGAUGGUAGGACUCUGUUCCAACGGGACGGUCAACGACGACGGCAAGUCCCUGGUGACGCCCUACGUCUGCGAUCGGAGCACCGGCGUCUGGACAUUUGACCGACAGGUUACUCAAAAACACAGCGAAAUGUUGAAUACCGUAUCUCUCAGGACGAAGAAGGCCAGGUCGAGUUCACGGUCGACUGUCCUCCCCCCGUUCAAUUCCCCGACGAAUUGCUGGCGACUUGCCCGAAAUCCGAGCAGAAGCUUCUGGAAGACUUGGACUUCAGCUUCGACCAGAACGAGCUGGGCAGCGGCCAGGCCAUCGAUUUCCAAUAA